UUUUUUUUAGCAACCAUUUUAACGUGAAAAUAUAAUAUGGAAGUCACGUAGAAGAUUUGUUGUGGUAUUUUGUAUUUUAUAUUUAUUUCAAAAAAAAAAAUGUCGUUAAUUAACAAUUGUGUUAAUUCUAUACUAUUAACUGGUUCGAAAAAAUUGAAUAAAUUUUUUCUCUUUGAGGCAGCUGUUUAUUGGGCUGAACAGGGUCAUCGUGUUUUUUAUUUUGGGCCCGAAAAAUUGCAAUCUUCACAAUUCAUGCAUCAUGACAGAAGUAACCCAAACUCCGAAGCUUUCAAAAUGAUGAGAUUUAUAUAUGUAUCGAAUUAUGAGGCACUAGUUGAACAAUUAGUGGAUGUUCACACUAUUGCACCACCACCUUCUGUAUUGUUAGUCGACGAUUUUGAUAAUUAUAUUCACGAUUCUGAUAUUAAGGAAAAAAAAGAGGUACAUAUUGCAAGAUUAUGUGCACUUUUAUUCGAUACAAUGAACACAUGUGCCGAAAUUCUCGAGCGUAAGGUUCAUAUUUUUAUAUCAAUUUCAUCGGAAUUAAAUUUUAUCCAUCAAAUUUAUUUCAAUAAAUUUUGGACAAUCGAAGAAGAAAAUGAAAAUAUUGUCAAAUUAAAACAAAUUGGAAAUUCUAAAAUUUACGAAUAUCGUAAAUUUGACAAUAAUAAUAUUAUUUUAAAACAAAUUAUCUACGAUUAAAUUUUUAAAUAUGUUAAUUUUUGCUAACAAAUAAAAAAAUAAUAUGAAAAU